AAUAAAUAUAAUCCAAUGCGCGCGGGGUGCCAUAUUAAAUUACCGCGAGAAAUAAUAAUGAAGAGAGCGGUGAUAAACGUGCAAUCCAAAGACAAUGCGUGUUUCGCGUGGGCGGUGGUCGCUGCUUUGUAUCCAGCUGAAGAUCAUGUUUAUCGGGAAUCUUCGUACCCGCAUUACACAACAGUGCUGAAUCUCCAGGACAUUGAGUUUCCAGUGACUGUUAAUCAAAUUAAAAAGUUUGAACUUCAUAACGACAUUUCGAUAAAUGUAUACUGCAUCGAGAAAGAGAAUAGCGUUGUCCCGAUACGUCUGAGCGAUCAAAAGAAGGACAGGCACGUCAACUUGUUGUACAUGCAAGAUUCGGAAGACGUCGGACAUUUUGCGUGGAUCAAGAAUUUAUCCCGGCUCGUGAGCUCGCAACUGAGCAAACGUAAUGGUCAAAAAUAUAUCUGCGAUCGAUGUUUACACUAUUUUGGAUCGGACGACAAGUUGCAAUCGCACACUGUAGACUGCCGAGAAAUGAACGAGUGCGCCAUCCGAUUACCGGGCGAUAAGGACAAAUGGCUCAGCUUCAACAACUACAAUAGAAAGGAGCGGCUUCCAUUCGUCGUAUACGCCGACUUGGAGUGCGUGCUGAGGAAGACCGACGGUGAUCCGAUGACGUCUACGUACACGUUUCAACAUCAUCAAGUAUUUAGUGUAGCUUAUUAUGUACAUUGUUCGUAGGACGAAUCGUUAUCCGCGUAUCAUUCUCGCCGCAGUACGGACUGCGUUUCGUGGUUCGUGGAAAAAUUAAAAAAUUUAGCGCAACGCGUAAAGACUAUUUUAACCACGAAUGUCCCCAUGGUAAAUUUAACGCGAGAUGAGCGGG